AUGGCAGCUAUGGGGCGCAAACUGUUCAACAACCUGAAGAGCAAAGAGUUCAGGGACUAUUUGAUGAGCACCCACUUUUGGGGACCGGUCGCAAACUGGGGCAUUCCUAUUGCUGCCCUUGGUGAUCUGAAGAAAGAUCCGAAAAUCAUAUCCGGAACUAUGACUGCCGCGCUCUGUCUGUACUCGCUCGUUUUCAUGCGCUUUGCGUGGAAAGUUCAGCCAAGGAACAUGCUGCUGUUUGCGUGUCACAUCACUAACUUCACCGCGCAAGGUAUGCAAGGUGCUCGGUUUAUCGAGUAUCACCAUAUGGGCGGAAAGGAACGGUCGCAGAAAGCACAACUUCAACCAGCGGCAUAA